CGAGAUUGGCAACGUCACGUAACUAACGGGGACUAGGGCAGGCCGUCGUCUGUCUGCUGGCUCGCUGCCAUACGCAUAGUGUUGCUCUGCUGCAUUCCGUUACCUACUUUUAUAGAUUCUCAUCUGGUGCACCAGCUGGAACGUUACGUACUUACAUUUCAUUCAACAGCUGUUGACGACUAGUCGUUCUUACUUUACGGUCAAACUGAAGUGGCUGCACGGCAUAUUCAGUACCGCCAGCAUGUCUCUGAAAGCUUAUAAAGCAGGUAUGCCAUGCCCCCCUCUAGUACCGGGAAAGCUCCGCAUCUACAGCAUGCGCUUCUGCCCAUUCUGUCACAGAGCCCUCCUCGUGAUUCAUGCGAAGAAUAUCGACCAUGAAGUUGUUAAUAUCAACCUCAAGGACAAGCCUGAAUGGCAUUUCAAGUUAAAUCCUGCCGGCAAGGUUCCAAUACUCCAGCAAGAUGACAAGUUAAUCUGUGAAUCGCUGAUUGUGUCCGAGUACUUGGACGAUGCCUAUGGAAAGGCAAAGCUUCUGCCAGCUGACCCCUAUCUGAAAGCGAGGGAGAAGAUGUUUAUUGAAAUUGGCUCUGCGGCUUUGAUGCCAGUGCUGAAGAUACACCACAACAAGGACAACAGAGUUGAGCUGUGGAAAGAGUUCAAGGAAAAGGUACGCGCUUAUGAAGAGGAACUGUCUGCCAGAAAGACUCUCUACAUUUCUGGUGACAAACCUGGCUUUGCGGACUACAUGGUUUGGCCUUUCUUCCCUCGAGUGCAAGCAUUCGCAACCAUCUUUCCUGAGCUGAAGCCUCCAACGGCUGAAGAGUUUCCUUGUCUUCAUAAGUGGAUCGAAGCUAUGAAGAAAGACAAGGCAGUUGCGCCACUUUGA